AUGGACAAAUCGGAGGAGAUCAACAGUCAUUCUGGGGAACACCCAGAUAAUACCAGGAUUCUUGUCACUGGUGCGGAAUUGCAGACAUUAGUUGCAACCGCUGUUGCCACAGCCAUGGAAAAGCAAUUCGGAGAGUCUAGCGGGACUCAGAGUAGAACCCGAACUGUGCAACGUGCAAGGUCUAAGACUCACUCAAAGGCUCAUAGUAAGCCACCUUCAAAGAAAAGUGAGCCAAAGAAGGCCGAAGAGGAUAAUCACUCCUCCAAUCACAGCAGUGUUCCUAAACAGGAAGUACAGCCGAAGCAUGACACGAACAGCAAGUCCUAUAAAAUUAAUAGCCACCCAAUGGAGAACAAUGAUAACGCCCGAAUUAAUUUAACGGGUGCUGAACUAAAAGCGUUGGUAGACGACGCAGUUAAGAAGGCCUUAGAGCGGCAGUACGAAGAGUAUAGUGGGACUCGUAGUAGGACCCUAUCUAUACCACAUUCGAUGCCUCCUUCCAAGAAGGAUGAACCCAAGAAGGAAGAUGACGAGCGUCACCCUUCUAAUAAUCACAGCGAUCCGUCUCAACAGAUCAUACUGAAUCAAGGACCCCAUGAUAAGGGUUGCUCCUACAACGGAUGCGCUGAGAGGGAUGUGGUCAAGUUCGUGUCGCAAUCAUUUAAGGGUGAGGCCUUAGCCUGGUGGCGGUCGUUGAUUCAAGCCACCGGGAAAAUCCCUUUGUACAACAUGACUUGGGAUCAGUUCGUUACUCUUAUCAAAGAGAAUUACUGUCCUCAACAUGAAGUUGAGAAAAUUGAAGCUGGCUUUAUAUCCUUGGUUAUGACAAAUUUAGAUUGUCAAGCGUCAGCGGCAGACCUGUCACUAUCUCUUACACUUGAUAUAGUCAGAGGCAUGGCUGCCAAGGCCUCUGAAAAUGGAAAGAGAAAAAGGGAGGAUGAGAAUUCUCGUCGCUCCGAUAGGAAGAGUUCCGGGUUAAAAAGAGACAGUCAGCAGUCGGUUGAGAAGACCAAGUGCGAAACCUGUAGGAAAUACCACCUCGGGAAAUGCAGAUUCGAAUCUCAGCCCCUACCUUGUGGAAUUUGCAAAUCACAGGAACAUAAAACCCUGGAUUGCGAAAAGCUAAAAGAUGCAACCUGUUACGGUUGUAACGAGAGGGGGCAUGUCAAGACCAACUGCCCUAAGAAUCAGAAGAAACCCGAAGAAGCCAAAAGAACAAACGCAUGA